CAAUCCCAUAAAUAUAUCCCCGCCUCUCUUCCUCUGUAUCUCUGUACUCUUCAAGCCUGCUGCUUUCCCUAUCUGGGAAUCUAGGGUUUUCGCGAUUCCUUACCCUCUUCAGAUCCAAUUCCAUAUUUAAAAACCCUAACUUUCUCUUCUUCCUCCCUCAAAUUCCGUCUUUUCCCGUAAUUUUCUGCUUUUUGGGUCUGUGGGGGUUUCGAUUUGUUUGGUCACUGACUUCUCCCCCGCGGUCGUUUACUCCAAUUUGAUAUUGGGUUUCCGGUGAAGUUCAGUGCUUGAUUUCGCUUUUUUCAUUUUAGGAAGUAGUCGUUUUUUAAUGGCCAAGAUGGGCGAGGAAGAGGUUGACUAUGAGAGCGAUCUAGAGGAGGAGAAGCAUCCCCUGGGAUUGCGGAGGCGCGAGGCUGCCAGUGAUGACGAGGAAGUUAAUGGCGAAUUGGAGUUGAAACGUCUUGGACUGGAUCGGAGGGCGCCCAUUCAUUCCGCUGAUGAAUCUGAUGAUCAAGGUGGGGCUGCGGAUUAUGAUGAUGAAGAGGAAGAAGAGGAGCCAUUAGAUGGAGGGGAAGAAGAAGAUGAUGAAGAGGACGGUUAUGUGGUUGGGAGUGAGGGGGACAAUGUGGAGGAGGUUGAAGGUUUUCUGGGCCAGAAAGUCCAAAACACAAUUUCAGUAGGAGGAGAAGAUGGUGAAGGUAAGGGUGAUGACAGAGAUAUGGAGGGUGAGAAUUUUGAAGAAGGGAUCGACGAGAGGGAGGGUGAGGAUAAUGUUGGCGAGGAGGGGGAUGAGGAGGGGAAGAAAGAGAAUGAACCUUUCGCUGUGCCAACUGCUGGGGCUUUUUACAUGCACGAUGAUCGGUUUAGGGAAAGUUCUGGUCGUCAAAACAGGCGAACAUAUGGUGGGAGGAAGCUGUGGGAGUCCACAGAUGAGAAAAAGUGGGGGCAUGACAAAUUUGAAGAGAUGACUUCGCUAGAAAGACAUCAUGACCAGGGUAGAAGAAACUCUAGAGGUAGUUAUCGUGGGCGUGGUGGUAAAAAUCGUGGUCCAGAACAAGGCUAUGGAAGAAGGAGCAGCUCUGUUGCAUUGAGCAAUGGGGACAAUCAGAGCCAGGGACCUAAAAGUGUCAGGGGAAGAGGUCCCAGAAAGUAUGAACCUAACUGGAAACACAGUAGCCCUACAUCUUCGUUGCAAAAUAAGCACCCUGUAGAGAAGACUUCAUAUGGUGGUUCGGGAAGAGCUAUAACAGUUAUGUCAAAUCCUGAAUCAGAGCAAGUGCCUACUGCAAGAAAACAUUCAAGCUUAAAUUCAGCUUCUCCUCCAUUUUAUCCUUCUUUGUCUUCAAGUAAAGAUGUUACUGUGACACAGAAAAAUAAUAUGCAGUCUGGAAGUGUAAGUCGGAACAAUGUGCAGCCGACUGGUACCUUAGCACGUGGGAAAAAUGUCUCUGAUACUGUUGGCAUCGACAAACUUUGUAUUGAUGACCGUGCUCCAUUGCCUACUGGGAAGGCAUUGAAUAAUGUUCCAAUGCCACACGUUUCUUCUUCUUCAGUGGUCAACAACUCCUCACUAAGGUCUCAAACCAGGGCCCAGGAAAGAGCUGUACCUGGUUCUGGACAGGUGGGUUAUCAACCAAUUGCCUCUCACAACCAAGUCUGCAGAACCUUUCCAGUAGUUCAACAUCAUGCAGUUCAACCAGGUGUUUCCCAAGGCCGGAUUCAGUCCUCUGCUCAAGCACUUAGUCAGCAGUCAUCAAAGCCUUCUGGUGGAGGAUCUCGAGCUUCUUCUCCACCGAAUUCUGCGGUGUCAGAAAAUUCUUAUGAACAUGGUGAAGUUGAAAGUAAUUCAGAGUCUAGUAAAUCUAGGACUGCAUUGGUUGGGAAGGGUAAAGGUCCGCUCCUGUAUGGAGGUGCUCAAGUUGUGGCUACCUCUGGCGGUAUGGGUGUUGUUCCUGGUGAUCAGAACUUCCCUGCAAGACCUGCUUUCUUUCCUGUGAUGCAAAUUGGAGGUCAGCAUCCUGGUGGAAUGGGUGUUCCUGCUCUUGGCAUGGCUUUUCCUGGAUAUGUUGCUCAGCAUCAACAUGGUUCUGGGAAUUCAGAAAUGGCAUGGUUGCCAAUUUUGACUGGUGCUGCAGGAGCUUUAGGUGCCGCAUACUGUAAUCCCUAUCUUACUGUUGAUGGUUCUUCUUAUCAUGCACUCCCAGCCGGGCAGGCAUCCUCCAUGAGUUCUUCAAGCAAAGAAACCAACACAAGCAGAUCAAACAAUGACUUGAAACCUUCAAAAAGACCUGAGGCUGUGGGCGAUGAAUAUGGGCAACGACAGAAGCCUCGCAGAUACUCAGAAAUGGAUUUUAAGCAGCCAAGUACAAGUGCCUAGAUGUGGGGGUAUACAUGUUUGGAAUAGGAAUUAAAGGAAGGCCGCGUGUGCUUACAUCAGGCCCUUUGUGUUCUCCAGCAUGGAGUGCUUUGGGCGACAGACUGUCCCAGAGAAAUGUUAGUUAUAGGUAACAACAAACACCUGCUCGUGCUGGAACAUUAGUUAUGUGGCUUGACGGGUGACAGUUUCUUGUUUUAACAUGGGUUUUCUUGUGGCUUGGUUUUCAAACUGAAGCAUAUGAGGAAUGUGUAAUAUCAGGGGAGGGUUUCUCCCGGGGACAGUCAAGUAGAGAGUACAAAGGGUAUUUCCAGAUGGAAUUGUGCAGAAAGCUGUUUGCUUUGGUGCGCCUUGUGAUUGAUCAGUGAAAGCUAAGAGAUUGGUUUCUUGUGAGCUUUUCUGUUUUUCUCUUUCGUACUGUAAUUUGUAAGGGUAUUUUGCUUCGGUUGAAGACCGGAACACUGUGUGGAGAGACGUGAGGAUUUGUAUCUGUUUUCUAAAGCUUGGAUUAGAUUGUUGUUUAUUUUAAUCUGGUAGGAUGAGGGAAUUGUUGAAAGCUGCUUUUGUUUUCUUUGGAAUAAGAGGGAUAAAUGUCAAGUUUGGUCACUGGGUAUACUAAAAUGUGUCAUGUGUCAUGUUUAGUCUCUGAAAAAAAUUAAUAUCAAUUUUGGUCACUAGU